CAGAGAAAAGUGUUUUUAGGUGAAGAUAAAGGAGGGGAAAACAGAAGAGUGGAGUGGUGAGGAGGUUUUGAAGUGUUCUGAAUUGGUACACGAUGUUUCGCUCGUGCUGCCCUGCGCGCUUUAAACCUGCGUGGAGCUUCUGGAGUGGGCACAACUGGUGUCCUCUCAUAUCCACCGCUGCAACCAGUUGAGCACCAGGUGACCGUUUCAGACAAUACUUAUUCCUCUUUUUUUGGCCACACUUUUUUUUCAUUUCAGCCGAAGAGCAGAAAGAGUGGACGCACCUAAAUAAGUAUGAGCAAAGCAUCCGCGCCCUGACGCGCUCCGCUGAGCGCAUGUUGGACCGGUGAGAGUGUGGACUAGUAUGAAGCGCCAUGGGUUGGUGUGACCGCGGGGUUCAAACGCUGCUGGCCACCGUGGGGGCUUUCGCUGCCUUCAGCCUGAUGACCAUCGCCAUCGGCACGGACUACUGGCUCUAUUCGCGGGCGUACAUCUGCAACAGCACCAAUGCCACUACAGACGAGACCCAGUCGCAGCCCAAAACCAAAAAGGGCGAUCUCACCCACUCUGGACUUUGGAGAAUCUGCUGUAUUGAAGGCAUCAAUCAAGGCAGCUGUUACAGAAUCAACCAUUUCCCUGACGACAAUGACUACGACACAGACAGCUCUGAAUACCUGCUGCGUAUAGUUCGUGCCUCCAGUGUGUUCCCCAUCCUCAGCACCAUCCUGUUGAUGCUUGGUGGGCUGUGUGUCGGAGUGGGCCGAGUCUACAACAAGACAAACAACGUCCUCCUCAGCGCGGGAAUUCUCUUUGUAGCUGCAGGUCUGAGCAACAUAAUUGGCAUCAUCGUCUACAUCUCCAGCAACGCAGGAGACCCCAGCGAUAAACGGGAUGAUGACAAGAAGUACACUUAUUCCUACGGCUGGUCGUUCUACUUUGGCGCUCUCUCCUUCAUCGUGGCUGAAACUGUGGCUGUCCUCGCCAUCAACAUCUACAUUGAGAAAAAUAAGGAAGUCCGCUGGAGGGCGCGGCGCGAGUUCAUCCGUUCACUCUCUUCCUCUUCUCCAUACUCAAGGAUACCAAGCUUCCGCUACCGCCGGCGGACGUCCCAUGCCAGCUCUCAUUCGACUGAGGCGUCGCGGGAGAACUCACCUGUUGGUGGUCUAAAGGGGGCGCCAUCUUCCAGUGGACCCCUGGACGAGCUGUCCAUGUACGCCCUGGCGAGGGACAGUGUGACGGACAACACGUACAGCCCUGAACACGAAGAGGCUGCCGAGUUUCUCCAGGUCCAUAACUGUUUCCCCAAUGAUUUAAAGGACGGGGUGAAUCGCAGGACCACACCGGUGUGAGAGGUAUGUUGCUAGGUUCGAGGUUCACCUGGAAGUGGAAGAACAAGAAAAGACACAAAGUCAGCGGGCCAAUCUGUUGGAGUGGUUGGGAUAGCCUACCAUAUCAGAGGCAAAGUUUUCGGAAAGACUCUCCUUUUUGAAAGGACCUGAGGAGAACAAAAGGACAGUCAGCUGGACAGAAGAUGAGCCAAUUAACAGAAACUGAAAACCAUUUAUCUGCUUUUAGAGAUCAUCAAAGCAGAAUUAUAUUGUCUGUGCAGUAGCUGAAAUUGGUGUUAUCUUUCAACUGUUGCAAUGCUUAAAUGAGCCGUGUGUGUUGCAAACUGUUCUUAAUCGCAGGGCGUCAAAAACAGCAGCUUGGUCAGUGCUCCGUCAGCGUCUGAAACAGAGGCACAAGGCACCCUUUUCACUGGAAACCCAUUCACCGCAAUGACGUAGUAUAAACAGCAUGAAAGUAAAAGAUGGGUGGUGGAUGGAUCAAACAAACACAGGACCUUCA